CGCCGCGGAAGAUGAAAAAAAGCGGCCCGGGGGCGGAGCAAGGCAAGGAAGCGGAAGCGGAGCCGCGGUCGGGAUCCGCUGCGCCAGCUUCCUGUGUCCCACGUGUGCGAGUUGCUACAAUGGAAGUCAAAGGGAAAAAGCAAUUUACAGGAAAGAGUACAAAGACAUCACAAGAAAAAAACAGAUUUCAUAAAAAUAGUGAUUCUGGUUCUUCAAAGACAUUUCCAAGAAAAGUUGCUAAAGAAGGUGGACCUAAAAUUACAUCUAGGAACUUUGAGAAAAGUAUCACAAAACCUGGGAAAAAGGGUGUGAAGCAGUUCAAGAAUAAGCAGCAAGGGGACAAAUCACCAAAGAACAAAUUCCAGCAGGCAAAUAAAUUCAACAAGAAGAGAAAAUUCCAGCCAGAUGGUAAAAGCGAUGAAUCAGCAGCCAAGAAACCUAAAUGGGAUGACUUCAAAAAGAAGAAGAAAGAACUGAAGCAAAGCAGACAACUCAGUGAUAAAACCAACUAUGACACUGUUGUUCGGGCAAAGCAGAUUUGGGAGAUUUUAAGAAGAAAAGACUGUGACAAAGAAAAAAGAGUAAAGUUAAUGAGUGAUUUGCAGAAGUUGAUUCAAGGGAAAAUUAAAACUAUGGCAUUUGCACAUGAUUCAACUCGUGUGAUCCAGUGUUACAUUCAGUAUGGUAAUGAAGAACAGAGAAAACAGGCUUUUGAAGAAUUGCGAGAUGAUUUGGUUGAAUUAAGUAAAGCCAAAUAUUCCAGAAAUAUUGUUAAGAAAUUUCUCAUGUAUGGAAGUAAACCACAGAUUGCAGAGAUAAUCAGAAGUUUUAAAGGCCACGUGAGGAAGAUGCUGCGGCAUGCAGAAGCAUCAGCCAUCGUGGAGUAUGCAUACAAUGACAAAGCCAUUUUGGAGCAGAGGAACAUGCUGACGGAAGAGCUUUAUGGGAACACAUUUCAACUUUACAAGUCAGCAGAUCACCCAACUCUGGACAAAGUGUUAGAGGUACAGCCAGAAAAAUUAGAGCUUAUUAUGGAUGAAAUGAAGCAGAUUCUAACUCCAAUGGCCCAAAAGGAAGCUGUGAUUAAGCACUCACUGGUACAUAAAGUAUUCUUGGACUUUUUUACCUAUGCACCCCCCAAACUCCGAUCAGAAAUGAUUGAAGCCAUCCGCGAAGCAGUGGUCUACCUGGCACACACACACGAUGGCGCCAGAGUGGCCAUGCACUGCCUGUGGCAUGGCACGCCCAAGGACAGGAAAGUGAUUGUGAAAACAAUGAAGACUUACGUUGAAAAGGUGGCUAAUGGCCAAUACUCCCAUUUGGUUUUACUGGCGGCAUUUGAUUGUAUUGAUGAUACUAAGCUUGUGAAGCAGAUAAUCAUAUCAGAAAUUAUCAGUUCGUUGCCUAGCAUAGUAAAUGACAAAUAUGGAAGGAAGGUCCUAUUGUACUUACUAAGCCCCAGAGAUCCUGCACAUACAGUACGAGAAAUCAUUGAAGUUCUGCAAAAAGGAGAUGGAAAUGCACACAGUAAGAAAGAUACAGAGGUCCGCAGACGGGAGCUCCUAGAAUCCAUUUCUCCAGCUUUGUUAAGCUACCUGCAAGAACACGCCCAAGAAGUGGUGUUAGAUAAGUCUGCGUGUGUGUUGGUGUCUGACAUUCUGGGAUCUGCCACUGGAGACGUUCAGCCUGCCAUGAAUGCCAUUGCCAGCUUGGCAGCAACAGAACUACAUCCUGGUGGCAAGGACGGUGAGCUUCACAUUGCAGAACAUCCUGCAGGACAUCUAGUUCUGAAGUGGUUAAUAGAGCAAGAUAAAAAGAUGAAAGACAAUGGGAGAGAAGGUUGUUUUGCAAAAACUCUUGUAGAGCAUGUUGGUAUGAAGAACCUGAAGUCCUGGGCUAGUGUAAAUCGAGGUGCCAUUAUUCUUUCUAGCCUCCUUCAGAGUUGUGACCUAGAAGUUGCAAACAAAGUCAGCGCUGCACUGAAAAGCUUGAUUCCUACAUUGGAAAAAAACAAAAGCACCAGCAAAGGAAUAGAAACUCUACUUGAAAAACUGAGCACAUAGGUGGAAAGAGUUAAAAGCAAGAUGGAAUCAUUUUUUUCUGUUCUCUGUUCUGUUUCCCAAUGCAGAAAAGAAGGGGUAGGAUCCACCAUACUGGUAAUUGGGGUGCUCUGUAUAUGUGUUUCUUCUUUGUAUACGAAUCUAUUUAUAUAAAUUGUUUUUUAAAAUGGUCUUUUUCAAAAA